GUUUCUGUAGAGAUCGAACGUUAAUACCUUUGCACCUCAUUUCCCACUCUGAUUUAGGAUUAAAUUAUCUGUGAACAUGAUAGAAUAUUGUUGUUCAAAUUCUCGUUUGUUCUCUUCUGUUCGUCGAUGGCCCCAUUUAUCCUCACGUAGCGGUAAGCUGGUCAACCUGAUGCUGCAUUGGUCCGCUCUCGAAGGGUUCAUUCGAAGCAAUUCACACCCAAAGUCCUCAUGGAAGUCCACGAGGGAGCUCCGAUUCUAUAUACCUCGCAAGCGAGCAUGUUACGGGGGGUGGGGAAAGAGAUGAGUCAAGCGUCGUGCUUCAAGGCUUCGACCAUGGAGGCGGUGGUGGAGGAGCACAAGAGGGAGAAGGUAGUGAAGCUAUUUGGCGUCAGGAUUCUGGGGACGGCCGAAGGGGAGGAGGAGGAGGUGAUGAGGAAAUGCUGGAGCAUGGGUUGCUUGGCCUCCUGCACGGUCGCAUCUCCCUGUGCCGCCCCCGGCACCGGCGGCAGCAGCCAGGCCUACGUCUCCGACAGCGGCCUGGACCAGUCUUUAAAGAGAGGGAGCAGGAGAGGCCAGGAAAGGAAGCGAGGAAUUCCCUGGACGGAGGAAGAGCACAGAACGUUUCUAGCUGGGUUGGAAAAGCUUGGGAAGGGGGACUGGAGAGGAAUCUCCAGGGAGUUUGUGACCAGUAGAACUCCAACCCAAGUAGCCAGCCACGCUCAGAAGUAUUUCCUUAGGAAGAACAAUCCCGGCAAAAGGAAGCGCAGGUCCAGCCUCUUCGAUGUGGUCACCUCUGAUCGAGUACUGCCAUAGAUGCAGUAUGGCCCCCUGCAGGAGUUGUUCGUGUCCAUGGAGGCACCCGUUUGGUAAUCCUCUUGCAAUUUCAACGUAGUUCUGAUUGUUCCAUGGGUUCUUAUCAGGUGGGGAUCUCGGGCAGCAGCACUGUGGGAGAUGAUCCAGAUCUCCUAGGAGUAUCUUCGUCAUACUCAAGCUGCCAACCUCUCUCUUCUGAUGCUCCUCUGUCAGAUGAACCCAGUGAUUUGGAGCUGAGGAUUGCACUUCCUGCGCCACACAGUCUGACUAAAUUAGCUACUCAGGGAGCAGCAGGUGCAAUAAGAGUGAUCUGAUCACGCAUGUAACAUCUGUUCAUCUUUGUAAGUGCCAUAUUCUGUAUAAUAAUAAAUGAAACGCUCAGAAGGUAGAUGGUGUCUUCCUGAAGCAAAGAGGCCUCGAGGAAUACCUUUGUGUCCCUCUCUGUCUCUUCCUCUA